UGUUGGUUGCGUUUGCACCGUUUUGUUAUUACCUUCGAAAAACCAGUCGAUUUUGUUUCAGUCUUCAUACAGUCUUCGCUUUAACCCGUUCCAAUCUAUCCGCCGCUCUCACAGUUAUCAGUAUACAACAACAACAACAACAACAACAACAACAGCAACAACAACAGCAACAACUACAAUAACAACUUAAUAUUAAUAACUUUACAAAACAUUCUUUCAAGUGGGUUGAGUGCGUACAGUUUUUCUUCCGUGCGUCGUGUGUGAAGGUGUGUGCAUGGGCCUAAAGUGUCGUGCGCGUCCCUAAGUGCAUCCGUGUCUACCACGCGCUCGUUUAUCUUUGUGUGUGUGUCUGUUGUUUUCCCUCCCUCGUGUGCCAAAUCAUCUGCCUGCCCAAGUCGAAGGAGAGUGUAGCGUGCACUCUACAGUACGGGGAGAGUUUUCCGUUGUUUCGAUUUUCACGUCGCUUCCCUUUUCCGUAAGUUACAAGUGCCCUCUCAACUACGCACCAUUUUUUUGUUUGUCUCGUGCGUGCGUGCGUGCGUGUGUGUGUGUGCUGCAAAGCAAAUUACCGCAAAAGACACCGGACAGUCUCGCCGUUUGCGCCGCGUUGAGCGAUUGACGAGUGUGAGUGUGUGUGAGGCGCAGUGUGUGCACGGCGUUGGUAGUGGUACGGCUCUAGCAUACUCAGCAUACGGGAAGGGGCCAGGAAAACGCUGCUCCGUGGGGAAGAGUCAACGCGCCGAACGCGUCGUAGGGCAGCGGCACAAAACCCAUCAACGUGUGUACGACGACGCCCUUGCGCGGUGUGUCCAUUUUCACCACUACGCUUCCCCCAACCCAACGCUUUCCACUACUGUCCCAAUCCUUCAUCCUCCAGUCCCAAGCAAAGCCACCCAGACACGCUUACCUUGGUCCCGUCACCCACCUUGGUCCAGCAAACCAGCAAACAAAACAAACCAAAAAAAUUAUACAAAAACUCGCGCGCGCCACGUACACGCGCGCGCGGCAGUGGCUGUUGUGGUUGUGGGGUGAAUUACACAUUGGCAAUACGCACAAGGGCAAAGGGUAUACAAAUUCCCUGUGCAAAAACAGUUCGUAUGACCGCCCUCUCUCCCCUGUCACAGGUUGAAUGAGAUUUUAGCCUGCAAAUCCGCACCGCUGCCGCUACUACCGAUCGCGCCCGAUAAAUCAUUUUGCCAAAGCAGCAUCUAGUGGUGUACCACAAAAGGGGUCGCAAAGGAUCGUUUUAAGCUCGGGAAAGAAUUUUGAUUGCGCAAGAAAACCAAAAAGAAUAAAUCCUCUUUGCCCAUACCCGCGUUUGAGCGAAUGAUUCUUUCCGGCGAUCGCUGAUUGAUCGCUCGUUUCUUUCGGACUUUGGCUACUAGCAGGGCGCGCGUUCGGUGUGCAAUUUACACACACACACAUACGUCAGGGAACCAGCACACAGCCCAAAGCAAAGGCAGAAGUAAAAGAAAAGAUAGAAAAGAGCCGUGGUGAUAUUUUCAACUGCAAAUCAUUCUCGCAUUCUUUCCCUUUGCACACACACACACCAUUCAUAGUGUGAGUGUGUGUCGAUAGUGAUUUUUUUCCUCAUCUUCUCUGUUGUUGUUGAUAGGAGAAGCCAAAAGGGGAGUUGAAUAGGGGUAGAAGCGCGUGAACGAAACGGGUUUGAAGUUGAAAAAAUACGGCUAUCGAAUAGAACUCUCUAAUGAGCAGCAGCAGCAGCACGCUGAGUCUCGAAGCAGCUAACCAAAGCAACUAGCAAAAGGGAGAAGAAGGAAAAAGAGGGUAAAGAAACAUAUCAAGGAAAAGCGAUCAAGGAGGGGGAAACUAAGCUGAGAAAACAGCCAAAAGCUUGAAACACAGAACGGGACGAACUGGCGUGGUGGUGGUACCGAGAUUCUUAGCUUUUUAAUGUGAUGAGCUGCUGCUGAAUGGUUACUUUUUUGUAUACGUAUUGAGGAAGUGUGUAUGCAUGCGUGUAUGUGUGAUAGCGUGUGGCUGUGUGUGAGAGAAAGAGCAACAAACCAAAAAAAAAUCCAGAAAGGGUGUGCAAGGUGCAAACGCGAAACGUGCGAAGGGUAAGAUCGUAGCAACUAAACCAGAACUGAUCCAGUGCGCGCUCGUUGCGUGUGUGUUGCUGUCUCUCUGGCGUUCUGACUCGUCUGCCCAUUUUCUCUCCCGGCGACGGAAGAAGCGUGAUCUGCAGGGCUGGUGAGGGGUUGAAAGCAUAGUCAGAGUCAAAAUAAAAAAUUAAAGAAAAUAAAAAGCGGAAGCGAGCAAACCUAGGGUCAGUUGUGUGUGCGAAGGUAGCGCGGGCAAAGAAGUGUGUAAAGUGAGAGGGAUCGGAUAAAGCAGCGGGAAAACCACGAAAGGUUGAAAGACAGGCCGCUUGAAAAAGGUUGGCUCAGGUUGCGUGUUUUUCGUUCAGUCAGACAACGGUCAUCCUCCUUCGUGCUCUCUCUCUUUUUCUGUCUCGGUAUUUGCUUCGCCGGCCAAGGGAGCGAAGAUAGAGCAACAUCUCUCCGCGCAAGAACCUGUGUGGAGAGUGUGAAGAAGAACGCUUAAAGGCACGCUGACGCGGCAUCAACAAUACGCGCGGUUGCGACUCGCAGCGAUCGAAGAUCGUCGACCGUUGCCGAGCGUAACGUAGCAAAACCGGUUCCAGACAUAAUCAAAAAUAAUUACCAACCAAUACCAAACCAGCUCUCGAGCACACAGCUCCUUCGCCCGGUCUCUCUUGGUGGCGUUCUUAAAGCAGGCGAGCAACAACCCUCUUCCCAGUUCUUUUUUUAUUUGAGGGCGUUUGUUGUGCGUGCUUCAAUCCCGUCUUGGAAUCGCUUUUUCGAUUGUCUGCGUGUGUGUGUGUAUAUGUGCUAUUGCAUACACACCACACGCAUACAUUCCGGAGGUGGUGAUCAUCAGUGGUCGCGUCGAUUUUGGUACGCGCGCCUACCAGCUACAGAUCCAUCCGCGGGAAGCGAAGGUGAACGGCGGGCGCACCACCGCACAACGAGCACACAGCUAGCAACAGCACCACCAGCAGCACCAGUGCCCGCGACCGCGUCCCUACUGUACCAGCAGCAGCACCAGCAGCAACCGAGUCCAGCAGUGAGUGCCAGUGCUCCCUCGGCAACCAACGUCACUGCACUGUACGCGGCCGGUUCCUCCACGAUCCUGCACGUAGAGCUUGGUCGGGCCAGUACCGGCGAACUAGUGAGCGCGUCCGCGAACGGACUUUGCUGUAGUCAGCAGUUGUGCUACUGUGGACACUGCUACCAAGGGCAGGCGGCACCGCCACAGCAGCAGCAGCAGCAGGGUAUCUUCCUAUCGCCGGCGGCACCAGCGCUAGCCACGCAGAGCUAUCCCGCGAUACUCGCGCAGGAUCAGCAACACCCCGUCGUCGUUGGACGGUACGCGGACAUCUCCGGUGUCAACACGAACAGUAGCAGCAGCUGCAGCAGCAGUAGUACUACGGAGCUGCUGAAUCACUCGUCCUCCCCGACGUCGUCCGGUGAGAUCGGCUACUAUACGACUGGCGGUACCGCCACCAGCACCACGUCCACACCGUACCAUCACGCGUAUCCGGCUCCGCAGCUGUUGAGCCACCAUCCCCAUCAUCCCCACCAUCCGCAUCCACAUCAUCUGCCGGCGCAUCAUCCGCAUCCGCUGCUAGUUCAGCAACCGUUCCAGCAACUCGCUCAUCAGCAGCAACAGUUGCAACUCUACCACCACUACCACCUGCACCAGCAGCAGCAGCAUCAGCAGCAGCACCAGUUUCAACAGCAACUUCAGCAGUACUUCGACAGCAGCCACAGCAGUCUCAGCAACAGCAGCGGGAGCAGCAUCGUCAGCAGCAAGACACUAAGCAUGCGAGGAAGCGACGAACUACUUAGUCAAGCAGCUGUUAUGGCUCCAGCGUCGGACAACAACAACCAGGAUCUCGCCACCAAGAAAGCCAAACUGGACAGCACCAACACAGUGAUCGGUAUGGGCAUCACGAAAACAUCGCGCGUGGUGCACAUCCGCAACAUCCCGAACGAGGUGAGCGAAGCCGAAAUUAUGCAGCUCGGGCUGCCGUUCGGACGCGUCACGAACGUGCUGGUGCUGAAGGGCAAAAAUCAGGCUUUCAUCGAGAUGGGCGAUGAGACGGCUGCCUCGACGAUGGUGAGCGUGUUCCACGCCAAUCCGCCACCGCUGCGGGGCCGUACGGUUUACGUGCAAUACUCCAACCAUCGGGAAUUGAAGAUCGAUCAAAACCAUGCAAUUGCGAACGUUACGAACGCGCUUCAAGCACAGGAUCUCACGCAGUCACCGACCGGGUCGCCGUUGCCGCUAUCGAUCGAACAUACCAACAGCAACUCGCAGAACGCCAGCAGCAACAACACGAACAACAGCUCCACGACACCGAGCAGCGGUGGUGGUGGUGGCGGCGGUGGCAGCGGUGCACCCAACACCGUGCUCCGGGUAAUCGUCGAGUCGCUGCUGUAUCCAGUUUCGCUUGACGUGCUGCAUCAGAUAUUCCAGCGGUUCGGAAAAGUGCUGAAAAUUGUCACCUUCACCAAAAACAACUCGUUCCAGGCUCUGAUACAGUAUCCCGAUGCGCAGACCGCCCAGACCGCGCGAGCAUCGCUGGACGGGCAGAACAUCUACAACGGGUGCUGCACGCUGCGCAUCGACAACAGCAAGCUGACGGCACUGAACGUGAAGUACAACAAUGACAAGUCGCGAGACUACACCAACCCGUCGCUGCCGUCCGGUGAGCCGGGCAGCGACGUCAUCGCGAGUGCCGGCGGGCUGGUAUCGGCGAGCGAUCUGCUCCUGCUGGCGACCGGUCAGCGACCGCAGCUGUCCCGCGACCGACUAGUCAAAUUAGACAAAUCUCCCUAUUUUCUAGUGAACGGCUUAGCGACGCCGGGCGUGAUGCCACCGUUCGGGCUCGGGCUCGGUACGCCGGCACUCGCGAGUGCCUACGGUGGCGCCCUGCCCAGCCUGAACGCGUUUGCGCUCGCUUCGAACGGUGCCCUCGGAACGCCGAACCCGGCCAACGUGCGGGGACUCUCCAACGUGCUGCUCGUUUCCAAUCUCAACGACGAGAUGGUCACGCCUGAUGCUCUAUUUACCCUCUUUGGAGUGUAUGGUGAUGUACAACGUGUAAAGAUUCUCUACAACAAGAAAGAUUCAGCAUUGAUUCAGAUGGCUGAACCCUACCAGGCGUAUUUGGCUAUGACCCAUUUGGAUAAGCUUCGUAUCUGGAACAAAACGAUCCGCGUGAUGCCGAGCAAACAUCAGGCGGUGCAGCUGCCGAAGGAGGGCCAGCCGGACGCGGGACUGACCCGCGACUAUGCACAAAACCCGCUGCAUCGAUUCAAGAAACCGGGCAGCAAAAACUACCAGAACAUCUAUCCACCAUCUGCUACACUGCAUUUAAGCAACAUUCCAGCUACCGUAACCGAGGAUGAAAUCAAGGAAGCUUUCACCAAGAACAGCUUUGAAGUGAAAGCUUUCAAAUUUUUCCCGAAGGACCACAAGAUGGCGCUGAUACAGCUCAGCUCGAUCGAGGAAGCGGUGUGCGCGCUGAUCAAGAUGCACAACUACCAGCUGUCCGAGUCGAACCAUUUGCGCGUCAGCUUCUCCAAGUCCAACAUCUAACUGCGAGCGCCCGCGUACGCGAGCGCCAAACACGGUACAUCGCCGGUACAGCUGCCAGUAGUAGUUCCACCACCUCCACCACCACCACCAUCUACCCCGCCACCACCACCGCCGCCACCGCCACCACCGCCACUACCAUCUGCUCGCCCGCCCACGGCAUCGCAUUCAUCAUCGAGCGGUCCCGCAUCGGUCAGCGACGAGACCAUCACCGGAACUAGCAACACGGCGUCAAACUCACCUACCACCACCACCACCACCACCUCCGCCUGCUCUUCCUCCCCACCUACAAUCACAACAACAACAACAACAGCGACCUCGGCAUGAUCGCGGUAAGAGACGCAGCUAGAAGCACGGUACCGAACGAAACACGGUUGUUCCCCGUUUUGGUGGGGAGAGGAUAGCAAGGGUGGCACAGCAAACAAAAACAACUGCAGCUAAAUACGAGCUAAGAAAGCAGCACAUACACGCCGUCAAUAUGAUGAGACGGGGCUCCGCCAACCGGGUCCUGGCCAAACAUGCGAUUACAGUAGCCUAACGAGAGAACGAGUCGAAUAGCACGGAGAGUGAAGAAACAAAUCUUUUUUGCAUUAUCAUAAAAACACGUGUUGUUGUAAUCCGAUUCCUCCUGCGUUAGCGUCGUGGCCCGUUGCGUAUGAUGCAAACUUGGUUUGUUUGCAUUGCGUACAAUCGUCUCUACUCCUGGUACUGCUACUGCUGCUGCUGUUGUUGUUGCUGGGGCAAUCAAACAUUGAUUAGAAUAGAAACGAGAGUAGUAAGGAGUAGAUGAGGUACAGAAGAAUUAUGAAUCUGCAUUAGAAUCUGCACAGCAGCAGCGCAGUAGUAGGUAGUGUGGUUGCUGCAGCAAACAAAAGCGAACGCGGAGCGGGAUGGAUACAGAUAAGAGGAAAAGAAGAAGAAAACAACAAACAAAAACACACAUAAAAAACCAACACAUAGACAGUAGAGACAAGUUACUAUUUGAACAUGAUUAAUGUAAGGUGUAGAAUGUUAGUAGUGAAACAUCUGAUGUUGUACUAUCAUUACAGGAACAUAGGUUGGAAGAGAGAACGGUGUGGAGCAAAAACUCUAUAUACACAUAUACAUAUAUAUAUAAAUCUAUAUCAUCUCUAGCUGAUAUACUUGUGCAAUGGAAACAGAGAAAAGGGAGAUUUUAAUCCUUUACGGGGACUUAUGUGUUUGUGUUUGUAUUUGUGAGUGUCUAUGUACGCGCUGGGGUUAAAAAUGCUGCACUGUAACAAUUGUGGAUAAUAGUUUGUUUGUUCAUGUUGAGUCUUGCAACUGUUACAAGCUCGAGAUCGUUCGAACCAUGGAGCAAACGGAACAAAACCUUACGCACAUACACAAACACAAAUAUCAACAAAAAUAGCAAAAGAAACUCCUCUCCGGGCGCGCAAGUAUAGAGCAUUACACAGACACGGAAGAAAAUUCUUAUCACGUCCAUUCGAGACGAACCAAAAGCCAAGUCAUUUCAAAGCGAACAGAUCAACAGAGUGUUUAAUGGGAACAAAAUAUAUCUUUAUGUCGAAACAAAAGAAAAACAUAACAAAAAAAGGAAGAAAAUGGGAAGAAAACGGGCAUGGUAGAAAUGGUAAAAUGCGUUUAGAGAAUUGUUUAGCAAAUGCAGCACAGCAGAGAGAGAGAGAUAGAGAAAGAGAGAGAAAGAGAGAGAGAA